GUAAAUUACAAAGUUCUGUUAGCUUCCAUCGAGCAAAAUCUGUCGUUUUUCUCUCAAGAGAGCAGGUCUCAUGGCGAACCAGUUUCUUCACCACCUUGUAUAAUGUCUGCUCUUAUUCACUACCGUUGCUCCUUCUCCGGAAACGGUACCGUUUUAUAUGCCGUAGCUUCAUCCAUGUAAUGCAGACACUUCUUCUGAAUCUGCCGAUUGAAUCUCACAACGACGCCGUUUUCAGAUUCUGUAGAAGAAAUUAAGACAAAAGGAGGUGAAUACCAGAGUUUUUUUUUUGUCAAAUGGAGCAUUACGAGGUACUUGAGCAAAUCGGAAAAGGGUCUUUUGGGUCAGCUCAUCUUGUGAGACAUAGGCAUGAGAAAAAACUGUAUGUUCUGAAGAAAAUCAGGCUUGCUAGGCAGAGUGGUAGGACAAGAAGAUCUGCUCAUCAAGAGAUGGAGUUGAUUAGAAAGAUAAACAAUCCAUUCAUUGUGGAAUAUAAAGAUUCUUGGGUCGAAAAGGGUUGCUAUGUGUGCAUUAUCAUAGGCUACUGCAAAGGAGGAGACAUGGCGGAAGCGAUAAAGAAAAUGAAUGGUGCACACUUCUCUGAAGAGAAACUCUGCAAAUGGCUUGUUCAGAUCUUAUUGGCUCUUGAGUACUUGCAUGCCAAUCACAUUCUCCAUCGUGAUGUCAAGUGUUCAAACAUCUUCUUGACAAAGGAUCAAGAUAUACGUCUAGGCGAUUUUGGACUAGCCAAGGUCUUAACAUCAGAGGACCUCGCAUCUUCAGUGGUUGGAACGCCAAGCUACAUGUGCCCUGAGCUACUAGCUGAUAUACCCUAUGGAUCCAAGUCUGAUAUUUGGUCGCUUGGUUGUUGUAUCUAUGAGAUGACAGCAAUGAAGCCUGCAUUCAAAGCUUUUGACAUGCAAGGACUAAUAAACAGGAUUAACAGAUCAAUUGUUCCUCCACUUCCUGCUCAAUACUCUGCUGCCUUCCGGUGUCUGGUUAAAAGCAUGCUUCGGAAAAAUCCAGAAGUCAGACCAAGCGCUGCGGAGCUUCUCAGACAACCGUUGCUUCAGCCGUAUAUCCAGAAGAUUCAUCUGAAGAUGAAUGAUCCAGUAAAUAAUAAUAAUGUGUUGCCACCAGAACAUGAAUCCGCCAGGAGAAACAGCUUUCCUGAUGAGCAGAGAAGGCGUCCUCCACGCAAAAGCCAUAGCUUUGGUCCAAGCAGGUUCAGGGGUAAGAAAGAGGAAGAAGAUUCUGUUUCUUCCGUUAAAAAACCUGUGCCCGAAUCAAGACAGCCUAAGAGUGACCUUGGUCAACUUCCUGUUUCAUCACGGCACACAAACCGAAGAUCAGCAGCGUUGACUCGCAGAGCCUCCAUGCCUAGCACAAGAAAACCUGUAAAACCAAUCAAAGACUCUCUCCACCACCAGAUAAAGUCUCCUAACGUGUCCAUGAACGCACCAAGAAUCGACAAGAUUGAGUUUCCAUUAGCAUCAUACAAAGAAGAGGCAUUUGUUCGGAAGAAAGCAUCGUCUCGAGGUUCACACAGCCCACCUCCAGAGCCACCACUACUAGAGUGCUCAGUCACUAAAGACAAAUUCACCCUUGAACGAGGCCAAAACUUAGAAGAUGCAUACCAAGAAAGCAGGAGCAGCGAGUCGUCUGAUCAGAAUGCAACCGCAGGAGCAUCAACAAGCAGGGCUUCGUCUGGCAUAAGAAGACAAAGAUUCGAUCCUAGCUCUUAUCGGCAACGGGCCGAGGCACUGGAGGGUUUGCUUGAGUUCAGUGCGAGGUUGCUUCAAGAUGAGAGGUACGAUGAGCUGAAUGUCUUACUCAGACCCUUUGGUCCAGGCAAAGUUUCACCAAGAGAGACAGCGAUUUGGUUGUCCAAGAGCUUCAAGGAAACUACCAAGCUCGAAGAUUUAACUGAUUCAUUUUAAAAAAGCUGACCUGUUGUGACGUGAAAUGAAAGCUUCUUCCACUUUUGACAGUUAACUACUUAGGCUGUGUUUGUAUUUGUAAUGAGUAGCUAACGUAUCUGCUUUUUUUUUUUUGAGCUAACGUAUCUGCUUAUUUCUUUAAACGCACCGUUUCGAACUCGA